AUGGGAAAAAACGUGAUACAUAUACUGAUAUUUGAUCUGCCUACAAAUUGCUAACAAAUAUACCAAUUUAAUGUGUGUUAUUAUUGUUUACGAUGUUUGUUACCCUUUUUUAUUUGCAAAUGCUAAGUUCAUAAAGUGUUAACUUGAUCACAUUUGAGUUUACAAUCUAAAUUGAUAAGAGAAUCCAUGUUUCAUGAUAAUUUGAAAAUAUUUAUAAGCGUAGUGUAUAUUUAAAACAUGUUCCAAUGUAAACAUGAUAAAGUUACGAUUCACCCGAUAGAUCAUUUCUUAACUGGUUUAUUUUUCUAUUUUGGUCCCAAUAUAAUAUUACAACAUUCAUUAACUUAGGUUUUGAUAGAGAGGUUUAUACCGCUAUCUUCGUUUCUUUUCAAUAUGAUCAGCGUUAGUCAUUUAAGUUAAGAUUUUACAAAUACUAACUGAAUGUAAUUUAAGUAUGGAUAAAGCACAAAGUUUGAUGAAACAACAGGUGCAAAAUAUAGAAAAUGUGACACCCUUAUACAGCAAAACGUUCUUCAAGACGCUAGCAGACGACUUUGGUUUAACAGAAAGCAGUGCAACUUUUCAAGUCAUUGUUGAUCGGUUUGAUAGUCUCUGUGCCGUCACAAAAGCAAUUAAAGAUGUUGGGCUCACUAAUUGCGGGCUUAUAUUUGGUAUAGACUAUACAAAAGAGAACAUAUAUAGUGGGAAAAAUACAUUUGGUGGACGUAGUCUUCAUCAAAUAUCCAAGCAGAGAUCAAACCCCUAUCAGGAGGUGAUAUGUAUUCUUGGGGAAACUCUUGAACCUUUGGAUGACGACGGAAUCAUACCGUCAUUUGGAUUUGGCGGCAAAGAUAAUAUGGAAAACAAGAGCAUAUUUCCUCUGAAAGGGGAGGGCAACUGUGACGGCUUUUUGGACGUACUUGAAACAUACAACACUAUCACGCCAACAAUUGAGCUUGGUGGUCCUUCCAAUUUUGCUCCACUUAUAGAAAAUGCCAUAAACAUUGUGACUAGGACCAAACAGUACCACAUUCUGGUGAUUGUUGGUAACGGAAAGGUUGACAAUGAAGAAGAAGCUAUGGAAGCUAUUGUGAAAGCGUCUAAUUACCCAUUGUCUAUAGUUGUUAUUGGUGUUGGUGAUGGACCAUGGAAAAAUAUGAACGAUUUCGAUGACAAACUCCCUCGCAGGGUGUUCGAUAACUUUCAGUUUGUAGAAUUCCAUAAAAUCAAAUCUGAAGCGAGAAAUCCGCAUGCAGCCAUUGCCUUAGCAACACUUAUGGAGAUUCCUGAUCAAUAUACUGCAAUACAAAAGCUGAAACUUUUUGACAACGUGUAAUAUUAUGUCAGAAUGAAGCCAUAUUUAUUAGGAGGAGAAAGUGUGAUGUCAUUAUCAUCAUUGUAAAUAUAAAGUUGAAAAGUUCUUGUCAUAUAGUGCUAUGCUGAUCUACGAAAAGAACGCCUAUAACUUGAUGAAAAGAACAUGAAAACAUUUAAGCAGUAUGACCUCUGUGUCGUACACAUGAAUACAUUCAUUAUGUUCGUUUUGUAUAUUUCAUAUGGUUUAAAGCCAUUUUUCUGUUAUAUAGCGACCACUAGUUAUAAAAUGAUAUAAAAAUUUAA